AUGGGCGUUAUCUCCGAUGUGGAUCUUCUGGGAUACUAUAUACAAUAUGGAAUUCGACACCCUGAUCAUAGCAUGCUGUUGAGUUUGGAAAGAGAAGAGUGUUCCGCAAAAUGGAAUUGGUGGUCCCGACUCGAGAAUAAAACUAUAACAGCCGGAGUUGGCAAUGCAACAGAGCCGUGUGAUGUUGUUCAAGGGGCUUUUGUGGGAUACAGCUUGAUUCGCUUGAACCCGGGCAAUUUCACAGCAACCGGAGUUUUGUGUCAGUGCAGAAGCAACCAAGCGGUCCAAAAGCAAGGCGCGAUUGAAACUGGAUUUUUCCUAACACUUUUUGUGAUUUUAGUGGAAAUCAUGGCGAGAUAG